GUGAAGAUGGCGGAUGUGUUGAGUGUUCUUCGUCAGUAUAAUAUCCAGAAAAAAGAAAUCGUCGCAAAGGGAGAUGAAGUUAUAUUUGGAGAGUUCUCUUGGCCGAAAAACGUCAAGACCAACUACAUAAUCUGGGGUACUGGUAAAGAGGGCCAGCCCAAAGAGUACUAUACUUUGGACUCUAUCUUGUUCUUGCUCAACAAUGUGCAUCUCCCGCAUCCAUCCUAUGUGCGAAGAGCUGCAACAGAGAACAUCCCUGUUGUCAGACGACCUGAUCGAAAGGGCUUGCUGUCAUAUCUCAAUGGCGAGAGUUCUACAUCAACAAGUAUCGACAGAAGUGCUCCCAUAGAAAUAGGUUUGCAACGACCAACACAAGUCAAAAGAGCAGCUGAUGAGGUAUCUUCUGAAGCCAAAAAGCCAAGGAUUGAGGAUGAAGAACGAGUGCGUCUGGACAAGGAGCGUCUGGCUGCCCGUCUGGAGGGCCACAAAGAGGGCAUUGUGCAGACUGACCAGAUCAGAUCGCUGUCUGAGGCCAUGUCAGUGGAGAAAAUCGCAGCCAUCAAAGCCAAGAUUAUGGCCAAGAAACGUUCCACCAUCAAAACAGAUCUGGAUGAUGACAUAACCCUGAAGCAGAGAAGCUUUGUGGAUGCUGAGGUGGAUGUCACCAGAGAUAUUGUCAGCAGAGAGAGGGUCUGGAGGACCAGGACAACCAUUCUUCAGAGCACAGGAAAGAAUUUCUCCAAGAACAUUUUUGCCAUUCUUCAGUCAGUGAAAGCCAGAGAAGAAGGGCGAGCGCCAGAGCAGAGACCUGCACAAAACACUACUCAAGUGGACCCGUCCUUAAGGAACAAGCAGCCUGUCCCAGCGGCAUACAACAGAUACGAUCAGGAGCGAUUCAAAGGAAAAGAGGAAACGGAGGGUUUCAAGAUCGAUACCAUGGGCACCUACCACGGCAUGACCCUGAAGUCAGUGACGGAAGGAGCAUCUGCUCGGAAGGCUCAGACCCCAGCUCUGCAGCCUGUCCCACGCCCAGUUUCACAAGCCAGACCUCCACCAAAUCAGAAGAAAGGGUCCCGGACACCCAUCAUCAUCAUCCCGGCUGCCACCACCUCGCUCAUCACAAUGCUCAAUGCCAAGGAUCUUCUGCAGGAUCUAAAGUUUGUCACAUCCGAAGAAAAGAAGAAAGGGGGCAUCCAGCGCGACAAUGAGGUUCUUCUUCAGAGGCGCAAAGACCAGAUCCAGCCAGGUGGAACAACACUGAGUGUCACGGUGCCGUACCGUGUCAUUGACCAGCCUCUCAAACUGGCUCCGCAGGACUGGGAUCGGGUGGUGGCUGUGUUUGUGCAGGGUCCUGCCUGGCAGUUCAAAGGCUGGCCGUGGCUGCUGCCCGAUGGAUCUCCAGUUGACAUUUUCGCCAAAAUUCGAGCCUUUCAUUUGAAGUAUGACGAGGCAAAGAUAGACCCCAAUGUGCAGAAGUGGGACGUGACCGUCCUGGAGCUGAGCCGCCACAGGCGCCAUCUGGACCGGCCUGUCUUCCUGCGCUUUUGGGAAACCCUCGACAGAUACAUGGUGAAACACAAAUCUCACCUCAGGUUCUGAGCCCAGAUCACAGCGUCCACCUCCUAAAAAUGAAAAUAAAAAUGAAUUCUCCAACUCUCCACGGCCCACCUUUUGCAGAGGCAUCGCCCUCUCAUCCAAGCUGCCAUCCCACCUUCCAACACGAUUCCCAUUUAAACUAGAGAAGGAGGACAGAUUAUGCAGUGCUCUUCCUCCAACACUUCCUCAAGGACUCCUAAUGUAAUGCGCUGGAUUUGUUGCCCUGGACACUGGAGAGGAGAAUUUAGGGGAUUUUUGUGUUCCUGUUGUAAUUGUUUUCUAAUGUUUUCAUGUAGUUAAAUAAAAAUACCAAAAUAUGUUUUAUAUUAAAAAAAAAUAAGGGGUUGGAGGCCGAGGAGGUUUUGUCAAUAGUAAUGCAGAAUAUUGUGAAUUCUACUAAGAACAGUUUAGAUCAAGAGUGUGAAAUGUGAAAAUAACUCGGUACAAAAAAAACAGCCACUGAGUUUGAGGAAAGAGACUUCCUUCACUUUUAUCUUUUUUUUUUUUCCAUUUUGGGUGUUUGUGGUCUGAAUGUACAUAUAUGAUAAAACCUGUCAGAGCUGAAACUUAGAGCAGAGAGGAGGGUGCAGGGAAGAGAUUUGUUAAUACUUAGUGAAGCUACUCUGCUCUGGCUCAAUAAAAUUAUCUCAGUCAACAAACCAGAUCAGUUUUUUGACAGAUCAGCACAUCUCUUGGUCAUGCAAUGGCCUCGUUACAGUCUUCUUUUUCUUCUUUGUUGGUGUUGUGCUAGAGGAGAGGAACGAUGGGAAGUAUUGCUUUAAGUCAUCACAUGAAAAUAGACAAUAAAGCCUCAGAGA